CCUUUCACUGUACAUAUAAAACUCACUCAGGUUUGCAGAGGAUGCAGAUACUGUUGAGUUUUCACUGCCAGGAUGGAGAUCAUUGUGUUUUUCUCGCUGUUGCUUCUGGUCUGCUGUGUUCCCACAAAUCAGAGAGCGGCAGAUAGUAAAGCUCUUGACCAGCAGAUUUCAAACCAACAGGACAUCCAUGCUGUGCUGAGAGAGCUGACCGCCUCAUUGGCUGAACAGAAAGUGAAGAUUGCAAACCUGGAAAAAGAGAAUCAAGUCAAACAGGUGGCUUUCUCAGCCUCUCUGCUGGAUCAAGGUGAUGUAGGUACUGGACCCUUUAACACACAGGUCACUCUGAUCUUCAAACAUGUUGUCACAAACAUUGGAAAUGCCUACAACUCUGGCACAGGUAUUUUCACUGCACCAGUGAGAGGAGUCUACCACUUUCAGUGGAAAGUAUAUGGGUUUGGAAACACUGAGACAGGUGCUGUGUUGUGCAAGAAUGGAGACCACAUUUAUAUUGCAUAUGAAUAUCCAAGCUCUGGUGCUGUGAGUGCCUCUAAUGCAGCCUCACUGCUUCUAGAGGCUGGAGAUCAGGUGUCUGUACGACUGUGGGCUAAUUCAAGGAUACAUGACAAUCAAAAUCAUCACACCACCUUCAGCGGUCAUCUGAUUUUCACCAUGUGAGAGGUGUGACAGCUCCAAGACUUCCUGUGGGUGGAGCUUAGUCAUUUUUAGAAGUCAAACAGGAAGUAAAUCACCUGCUGGUACCUCUGAUUCUACUGACUCAGAUAAUCGACUUCUUCUUGUUAUCUGUGAUUUAAAUAAAUCCAGUUCAGUGCUCAGUGAUUCUCUGUGUCCUUUCUUUGAGUCGGGUCUGUAUAAAGAGCUGCUCCUCCAUUAGUAAUGACUAUUGUCAGAUAACUGACUGUAAACUUACUCGGUGGAUUUCUUUAAAUUCACAUUUUAUCCUGUCUUUAGUUUCAAAAUAAAAGCAUCAUUGAA